GAGUAGUUGUAACUAACGCGAGAACUGUCAAAAAAAGAAAUAAUUUCACGUGGCUUGAAAAAAAAACUUGUUGCCGAAUUUCUGCUUUUAAUUUUGCUAAAAAAUCGAGAAUUUUAAUACAAAAUGAGUGAUUGUGAAGAUUAUUCCAUGGACGAAGGAACAGGAGAGUGCAAAGAUGUGCAGGAAUCAUCCAAAAAUGUCGUUAAGACGGUUGAAACUGAUAAGGUGGCACAAACUGAGAAAACCAUAAAGUCCGGGGAACCCCCGAAAAUCCCCAAAGCUGCACCAGCAAAAAAGAGGUCAAACAAAGAAUCUAUGGAGAAUUGGAGAGUGAGAUCUCCUGCAAAUACAUUAGGAACUUCCAGUGGGCAUUCCGGAAGUUGGAGAAGUAGAAAUGUAUCAGAACGAUCAGAACCCACACGGAAAGAUUCUUACGGAGAAUCGAAUUUUUCGAGAAAUUGGCGAGGGCAAGAGUACUCAACAAGAUUUCCUCAAGGAAUGUCCAAAAGGGAACUUUUGACAAUUCUGCAAAUGGAUCCUGUUGAUCUAUUCUUGGAGAUUUUGGACAAUGGCGAGAGAUUCAUUAAGACAACAUUGAGAGAAGGAAAAUCAUAUGAAGACAUUGUAAUCUUGAUUUGCAUCAUUGGUAAACUUCAUGAGAGUCCUCUGAGAUCGCAUUUGGAAGAAUUCGUUUCUCACAUCUUUGGUCAGGAAACAAUAUUCCGCGAUGAUAUUCUCGCUUAUGUGAGAUAUGCGGUUGAUCUUGAGGAACAAGGCAAAGUUAAUAAAAUACCCCUUGCUAGUGAAGUUUGGGACAAUCUUGAGACUUUCUGCAGCUAUGCAAAAAAGAUUAGAGGCAAUAAAAAUUGCUGGGCUUAUUUCACUCGAUCAAUUUGCCAAAUUCUUGCUGGAAAAACAAAAGAAUCCCUCUCAAGGAAGUAUUCUAAAUUCCUGAAAUUACAACAGGAAUUGGAGAGAAAUUACUUCUAUCAAGAAACAAUUUAUGCCACAGUCAAUGAUGCAAAUGAAGAGAGGAAGUAUAAGCUUAAACGGGAAAAUGGAAAAUUUGCCGAUGCAAAAGAAUAUUUGGAUUUUCAGAUAGAAUAUCACAAGCGAUGUUUUCUAUCUCGAUUGCAACCAAUUAUAAAAGUGUACAAUACUUUAAAAAUAAAGUAUGAUGAAAUGAAUGAAGCGCCAAUGAUAAAAAUUAGCAAAAAUUAUAUUUUUCCAAGAGUAGUAAUUUCUGAACCACAAAAAGAAGUAAAUGAGAGAUUGUUUGUUUUGGAUUUACUACCCUAUUUUAGAGGAAGAAGCGACUUAUCAGAUGAGUUUCAAGAAGAAGUUUCCAAUUAUGUAUCGAUCUUUUCACGAUCAUCACUUCUUUUCCUUUCAACAACAAAUUCCUUCACAGAUAUCAUUGUAGUUCAUUCACCUAGUAUGGAAAAUGAUAUGGAAAAACUACAAAAAUCAGGAGGUUUCCGCGGUUACCUAAAAGUGAACAUUUUAAGAAUGGAAAACAUUCAUGAGAAUAUCUUCGAAAGAUAUUUGUUUCUUGUGAAAGUCCGCAAUGACUUUGAACCAAAAUUGCCUGCUUUGCAAUACCUUGAAAAUAUGUCAACAGCCAUCCUUCCAUUCAAGGAAUAUCUAGUAGAUGAGUGCGAGUCCACUGAUACGAUUGAACGGGAUAUAUCUCUUGAACAACUCCAAAUAAGUGAUGAAAAUUCCGACAAAAAUGACUUUCAUCGUUUGAAUUUAAAUGAAAAACAAAGAGAAGCAUUUAAAAUGGCGCUUAAACGGAAACUUUCAGUAAUUCAAGGACCAGCAGGAACAGGAAAAUCCGUAGUAACCCUCAACAUCAUCGAGAAUAUCCUGAAAACUACUUCUUCACAAAUUGUUGUUAUAACCUACAGUAUCCCAUCAUUGGACACAUUCCUCAUGAGAUGUUCAAAGCUUACGGAUAAAAUUGUUCGAAUUGGUUACUCCAGCAGGAAUGAGGAAGUAAAAGCCAUGGAACUAUAUUAUGCCCCAUGUAGAGAUCCUCGUUGGAAACGUCUAAGGAAGCAAGCUGGCGAUGAACUUAUAUCAGCCAUAUGUAAAUUUACACGCACAAUCAAGCAUAGAGGAUUCAAUAGAGAAUCUUCCGAUAGCAAGGACGAAUUAUUAAAGAAUCUUCGUCAUGCGGAUUUAAAACAGUGGGAAAUGACUCCACUACGGAUGUAUUACAGAACCAAAAAUGCUCGCAUAAUCGGCUUUACAACGACUGGCACUGGAAAAUAUCAUCAAUUAAUGGAACUUCUUCGUCCUUCAAUUGUUAUCAUCGAGGAAGCUGCUAUACUUCCUGAAUCCCAUCUGAUCACAUCCUUAACUGAAUAUACAGAACAGAUAAUUCUGGUUGGUGAUGUAAUGCAGAUGACUCAUAUUCGUGAACUAAGCUUUCCCAUUCCACCUCCUAAUGAAUCGCAAUUCUUCGAUAGAAUGGUUAGACGAAACUUGAACAAUAUUCGUCUCAAUGUGCAGUACAGAAUGCAUACUGAUAUUGCCGAUUUGGUGAGAACGCAAGAAUUUUACACAGAUCUUGUUGAUGGAGAAAAUGUGAAGGAAUAUCAACCAAUUCGAGGAAUUGCUAAAAAUGUCUAUUGCAUCAAUAAGACAGAGAUUGAGGGAUUAGAUGAACAAUGCGAGGUCUGGAUUAAAAAAAUUAUUAUUAAAAAAAUCCUUCGUUCAGAAGAAGUUGAUGACGAUGAUAAGAAGAAUUUCCACUUGAUACUCUUCUGCAUUGGUUUAGCUAACUUUUUGCGACUCCAAGGAUACAAGUCUGAUGAAGUUAUGAUACUAACAAAUGAUGAUUAUGUACAAUAUUUCAAGAUUUUCAUUAGUUUCAUGAAAUCUGAUCUACCUCUACUGGAGGGGAUUAAUGUGUCUUCAAAGUACAUGUUUCGAGGUCAAGAAUGCCGUAUUGUCAUUUUGUGCCUUUUGAAUGAUGGCCCUGACAAUAAAUAUUUAAGUCGUGGACCUCAUUGUCCAAUAACUCUCCUCACACGGGCAAGAGAAGGUUUGUUCAUAGUUGAAAAUGUUCUAAACAUUUUGGAAAAGAAGGAAAAGGACGAGGACGAGGAAGAAGACGAAGACAAUGAUGAGGAUGAAAAGAAAAAUUAUUGGGCGAAGGUGAAAACCGUGUUGGAGAAAAAAAAUGCAAUUGGUACAGGACUUCCCAUAAAAUGCGAGAAGCAUGGAAGUGAAAUAAUUGCUAAAAGCUUCGGAGAUUUCAUGGACUUUACGAAAAAGGGAUGCGCUAUUGGGAAGAACCUACCCCAAACAUUCAAUUAUCACCCUUGCUUCGAUGUCGUGGCAGAUGAAAAUUAAAAAGAUGAAGAGACUAAUUUAAUAUAUUUUUUAAUCUUUAUUCUAUAUUUUAAUCAAUUUUAAAGAAAUAAAUAAAAGACUGUGGGUUAUAAUU